AUGCAGUCUUCGGCUCUCGUCACGCUCGUUUUUGCGGCCUUUGCCCUCUGUGACCCAACCCCUCAGGCAUCCCUUUUCCCAUCUUCGGGAUUUGAAGGUAAACCGACGAUCAUCAAUGAUCUUGGCGGUUGUGUCAACAUUCCCGAAAAGGAUGAUGCUUGGUAUAAUGUCCAUUCCUACAUAAUCAAGUCAAGCGUCGAAUGCGAGUUCUACAAGUCUGAAGAUUGUGAACGAUCCGCUGGAAAGUUUAGAGGGGAAAACGACAAACUCAUUACGAGCAACAUUCAAUCCGUCUUUUGUCUCGAGGUCUCGGAGGAUGAAGUUUAG